GCCUCCUUUGCCUCUUAACCUUUAGCUCGGAGACUUCUGAAUCUUUCCAAGGACAUCUUUGCAGCGUUGCCUAGUCACAACUGAGGCAAAUGGCAGAAACACAGGGAUUGAUGGAAAGACUGGAGAAAGCUGUAAUCCGCCUAGAAUCAUUGUUUUCAGGGUCAACUGGACCUCAUGGGGAAUGUGGAACAGUGAAUGGAGUCAAUGGAGGUGUUUCACCCUCCGUGGAAGCUUUUGAUAAACUGAUGAAUGGCAUGGUUGCUGAGUUUCUGAGGAACAGUAAGAUCCUUGCUGGGGAUGUGGAGGCUCACGCAGAGAUGGUGCACAGUGCCUUCCAAGCACAAAGAGCUUUCAUCUUGUUAGCAUCUCAGUACCAACAGCCCCAAGAGAAUGAUGUGGCCGCACUUCUUAAACCAAUAUCGGAAAAGAUUCAAGAAAUACAAACUUUCAGAGAGAGAAAUCGGGGGAGUCAAAUGUUUAAUCAUCUUUCAGCUGUGAGCGAAAGCAUCCCUGCACUAGGGUGGAUAGCAGUGUCCCCCAAACCAGGUCCUUAUGUCAAGGAGAUGAAUGAUGCUGCUACAUUUUAUACUAACAGGGUCUUAAAGGACUACAAGCACAGUGACUUACGCCAUGUGGAUUGGGUGAAAUCCUACCUGAACAUCUGGACUGAGCUUCAAGCAUACAUCAAGGAACACCAUACAACAGGCCUUUCUUGGAGCAAAACUGGUCCAGUAGCAUCCCCUUCAUCAGUACUGUCUGUCCUCUCCAGUGGGCAGGGUGUCCCCUCACCCCCUCCUCCUCCACCACCUCCAGGACCACCUCCAAUCUUUGAUAAUGAAGGCAGAAAAGAAGAGUCCUCACCAUCACGUUCAGCUUUGUUUGCUCAGCUUAACCAGGGGGAGGCAAUUACUAAAGGACUCCGACAUGUGUCUGAUGAUCAGAAGACACAUAAGAAUCCCAAGCUGAGGGCUCAAGGACAAACUCAUUCUCCUACUAAAAACCACACUCCAAGUUCCAUCUCUCCCCAGUCCCCUUUGCAGCAGAACCAUCCUCCUGUGUUAGAGCUGGAAGGAAAGAAAUGGAGAGUGGAAUAUCAAGAGAACAGCAAUGACCUUGUGAUUUCAGACACUGAGCUGAAGCAAGUGGCUUACAUUUUCAAAUGUAACAAAUCAACACUACAAAUUAAAGGAAAAAUAAAUUCCAUUACAAUUGACAAUUGCAAGAAGUUUGGCCUCGUGUUUGAUAAUGUUGUGGGCAUUGUGGAAGUAAUCAAUUCCAAGGAUAUUCAAAUUCAGGUUAUGGGGAAAGUGCCAACAAUUUCAAUUAAUAAGACAGAAGGCUGCCACAUAUACCUUAGUGAAGAAGCUUUAGACUGUGAGAUUGUGAGUGCCAAGUCAUCUGAAAUGAACAUACUUAUUCCACAGGAUGGUGAUUAUAAAGAAUUUCCUGUUCCUGAACAGUUCAAGACAGCAUGGGAUGGAUCCAAGUUGGUCACUGAACCUGCAGAAAUAGUGGGAUAAUCUCCUUUGGACACACAGAACCUUGUGACCUUAAUACCCAUAGGUCACUUGAAUAAGGAAUAGCAGCAUCAAAGGACUAGAAGUAGCAGCAGCCGAGACUGCUGUAGUUUGGGCCUUCAAGCAACCGCUCUGUACUCUAGGAACAGGGAUAUUUCCAGCACGCUUUAUUAGGCAUUCUGAAAUCUUUGAAAACGCCUCACAAUCUGCAUUCAUUUAUAGUUUUGAUCCUAAAAGAUGCCAUAUGAACAUAAAAGACUUAAAGAAAAAAAUAUACUCCCCCCAUAUCAUUGGCUAUGGCAUAAUGACUGAUAAGUCAAAAUAUUGCAUGAUACGGUUGUACAAUCAUGUUCUGUUGCAUUCCAUUCUUAUGUUAAUACUAGUUGAAAAAUAUUAAUAACUAUCUUGAAGAAUGUAAGAUGCUAAUUUUUACCUUUUAGCCAAAUCAUGUAUAAUGCAGUGAAAAUGUGCCCAGGAAAGUGUGAUUUAUUUUGUAACUUCAUCCAUUAAAUUUUGUCAUCUAGAGUAUGCAUUUCAGCAAAAACAUAUCUGCCAGUAGAAAUGUAUCUGCCAGUAUUUUAUCACACUUUUUAUUAAAUCUUUAGGGAAAGUCCACCUUUGGAUGCCAAUUUAUAGUUUCUGGAACCUCCCUCUUAGUUACUGAAAACUGAAAGUAAAAUUC